AUGUCAGCAACAUUCACAAACCCUGAUCAUAUACAACCACAACCACCUAUACCUCCCUUCGAUCCCACUGGUCCCAAUCCAACCUCUUCCAAUUCCACUCAAAACAUGCCUCCACCACAGCAACCUCAAUACCCCACCCUGUACAAUCCUUCCGCUAAUUUCCCCCUUCCACCCAAUCACUAUCCUCCCCCCGGUCCGACACAAGAAUGGUACUCAAACUACCCUUAUCAUCAACAAUACGCUCCUCGUCCUCCCCAAAACAAUGCUGGGUAUGAUCCUAAUUCUGGGUAUCCGUAUCCACCCCCUUAUCCACCUCCUAUGGGGGCUCAAAUGUAUCAGCCAUAUCCCUUUCCUCCUUACACUCAAAUGGGUGAUCCAGGUCCAAGUACGAUGCAAAAUGGUUUUAUGCCAUAUCCUGGUCCGCCUUUAGAACCGGGACCGAUCACUUUCUAUCCUCAAGCAUCUGAUUCUCAAUCACAUCCAUCUUCUCCCCCGCAUGUUUCUCCAACCGACACUCAAACUGGCAAUUUUGAUCCUCGAAACCACGGUCCCGUCAGCCCUUUAGAACAGUCACGAUCUAUUGACAAUGUCAUGGUGUCACGCUCUCCACCUACUUUCACCCCUCAAAUACCUCAACCCGGGGCCUUCCAAACCAUUCAUACCGGACAUCCAUCCCAACCUUACCCACUUUCGUAUCCACCAAAUCAUCCCUACGCCAACGGAGCGGGAGUAGGUUACAUCCCUUACCCCAACGUUCCAAUGCUGUAUCCUAAUACCAACUAUCAUCCCGGCUUCAUGUCCCACAUGCGCCCUCCUCCCGGACCGCCUGAUCCCGGAUUCAAAGGUUUCAAUCCGGCCGCACAAGGUUUCAAUUAUAAUGGUCGGAGACGUCAGACGCGAGUCAACGGAACAGUCAACUACGACAACCAGCCUGGAUAUCCCUCUAUUCGACCUGUCAUGAACAACCGAGCCAGCCAGGUGGGCCCUCCGAGAUCCUGGGUGCCGCCGAACAUUCCCGAUGGCGAACGGUCAAAGUCAUUGAACCCCCCUCGGCCUGCCGAUAUUUCGACAGAAUCGCGCGUUUUGGGUCUGACACAAAUGGAUCGUCCAGUCCCUCCACCCACCGAUCAAAAGUCAGCGUCAGAUCGUGCUGAACUUCCACAUCCUCCCACAACUGUGAAUGGCACACUUAAGGAAGACCCAGGGACGUCGACAUCCCCUGUCAAUAACAUCAAAUCCACCCCCGAGGCUCAACCGGAUGCAAAACUCUCGGAAACAGACGACACCCCCGCUCUAUCUCUAUCGUCCAGCGAUCAACCCACGUCUCCCAUUGUACAAACCCCGACUGUACCAAUAUUCAUCGACACCCCAAACGCCCAGUCCAAAGCAACUGUCGAGGGACCUAAAGCAGAAAUCACCUUUGGCGGACCCAUUCUGCCACGCAUUCCAUCACCACCCGCCGACCAGACGCCUCGGCAACACAUAUUGGGUUGGGCUCGGGGGCAAGUCUCCACGAGAGUCUCUACCUUUCCACAGGUUGAUCCUCACGGUCAAGAGCGAUUUGGUGCUCGCAAGACACAUCGGAAAGAGUCCACAGUCAAACUCGAGGAAGACGUAACGAUGGCCAGCUCCAUACCUAGACGUGCUGCGCUCCCCAUCAUCUUUGGAACUUUGGAGAUCAACGGUGAAGCAGAACAGGGGAGGAAAGGUGGUGCAGAUGUCGAAGAGCGUAUAAACCUUGUGGAGCCGCUUGAAGUGCCCGGAGAUGUUCGGACCCCAUUGGUGAAACCUGUCAAGCCGGUCAGUUGGGCGGCAUUGCUCAGGCAGCCUGCUCCUGACAAGCCUGGUGGUGGUAGCAUUUCUGGAGUGUCCAUUCGAUCCGAUGUCGCCUCCAAAGCUACAUCUCCUACUCAGUCCAUCACAUCUCUCCUGCCAGACCCCAGCGUGGCUCCCAGUGUCGACCAACCGUCUCCUUCUUCCACAGUCACCUCCAUCGGAAUUGCUUCACCUCCCGCACCCAUCCCUGCCUCCCGCCCUGCCCCUAUCAACUAUGCUGCUGCGGCUGCAUCCGCCGCAGCCACACCUCAGGAAGAGUUGGUCAAAUUGUUGACUGAAGGUGUGAAAGGCAAGAUUCCAGAGAAAGGUCCAAUGACUCUGCCUCGGGGGUUGAUAAAUACUGGCAAUAUGUGCUUUGCCAACACUAUUCUCCAGGUUCUGGUAUUUUGCCUGCCCUUCACUCAACUAUUGGAAGAACUUGGAAAACGACUGAAGGCCGAUCUUGGCCGACAAACCCCACUUCUCGAAGCUAUGAUUGUUUUCCUGCGAGAGUUCAAUUUGCCUGACCCCGUUCCUGGAGCCGCCCCAAGCCAACAGAGAAACGCUCUUAUCAAUGGUUCCAAGCACUCACGCAGAGACAAGGAUCACAGAAGCACUGCUUUCAUUCCGGAGCAUGUGUACGAAGCUAUGAAAGCGAACAAACGAUUCGACUUUGUUCAGAAGGGACAUCAAGAAGACGCUGAAGAAUUUUUCGGAUUCCUUAACGAUACUCUGCAUGAAGAAAUCCUCAAGCUCGUCUCACGUUCUUCAAAUCGUAAAAUCAGCAGUGGUCAACUGCCUAAUGGUGAUACAGACAAACACAUCCGUCGACCCGUGUCCCCCGGUGCGGAAGAUUCCUCCGGUUGGCUAGAAGUUGGUAAGAAACAAAGAGUUCAUCAAGUUCGGUCUGUGGAAAGUCAUGAAUCGGCGAUUUCACGUUUAUUCGGCGGUACACUCCGCUCUGUUCUUCGUGUACCAGGGAAUAAAGAUAGUGUGACUUUAGAACCUUUCAAAACUCUUGCUUUGGACAUUCGAUCCGACGUCACCACCAUUGAAGAUGCCUUGAGACAUAUAGCUGAACCGGAGAUUGUUCCCGGGGUAUAUAGUCCGUCAAGGAAAGAAAAAGUAGACGCUAGUAAACAAGUGACGAUUGAGACUUUCCCACCUGUUUUGGUAUUACAUUUGAAGAGAUUCGAGUAUGAUCAAGUGGAACAACGGGUGUUCAAAAGGGAUAAACCUGUGGCUUAUGGUACUGAGCUUAUUAUACCAUCAGAAGUCGUAUCCCCUACCAAACGUGGUCAUCCAGUGAAAUACAGACUGUUUGGAGUCGAUUAUCAUCAUGGUGCUUCAUCCCAAGGAGGCCAUUACACAUUGGCCGCUGCACGACAAGAUGGAUCAGGUUGGAUCCAUUUUGAUGACGAGACUCAUUCGGCCGUUCCGACCGAAGCUGUUGUAGUGAGCGAAUCGGAGGCUGUGUCAGGUAGAGCGGGCUUGAUUGGAGGAAGAGAGAAAUGUGCUUAUCUGUUAUUCUACCAACGAGUCAGAUAAGUACUCCAUCAAUAAUUUCAUCCACAUUUCUGUAUUAAAAAAGACUUUUCAUCACCCACACAUCUCCCGAUACUGGACCUUCAAAAUUUGAAAAUACAAAAAAGAAGUACGAGCAGAAUCGAUCAAUGUGGAGAAUGGAAAGGUUAUAUGAAACAAAAUUGGCUCCAUAAUGAACAUGCCAAUUGAUUUGUUGAUGUCAUUUGAGAAAGAUGAAGUAGAUGAUGAUAUAAAAAGAGGUAGAUGACUGAAAAAAAGCACCGAGAACGGUGAAUGAAGAGAAUGACGGUAUAAUAGUGGAGUGAGAAGUGAAAAGUUCAGGGAAAAUAGGUUAUGGUGUAGAAUCAAUUUGGUAGUGAUGGCAUUGAAUAUUU